AUGGUGCAGUUGGCGCCGCCGCUCUCGACACUCUCAAGGAGAGGAAGAAGAGAAAGCGAAACUGAAACGGCAAAGGUCCUAGUAGAGCUAAGAACAAGAAGAAGCAAGAGAAGCAGGACCCUAGCACCAAGAAAUAUGUCAUCAGAGUCAGGGACUUUGAGGCUAUGGCUAAACAUGUUCAAUGCUGUCGAGGUUCCUUUCAAGACUACCAUUGCUCUGGAGAGAGGUAUCUGGGUUCGCAGAUCCUUCUCUCAAAAACUUACAGAGAGUGGUGCAAGAAGGGAUCGUCGCCCUGAUGCUUCUCAUUCUCACUUCGUAGAAGUCCUGGAGAAGGUCCGCGGCUAUCUCAAACCAAUCGUGGAAGCUGGUCUUUUCAAACCAGAUGAUCUCGACAAGAAGCCGGAUGUUAAGGCAAACCACCCCGUCAAGGGCAUGUUUGACGUCCUCAACGUCUACACUCCUUCUGAGGAAUUCCUCAAUGCUCCUGACAUCACGCCUACUCCUACUGCUGAGCCUGAGACUCAAUACACCGUUGAGGAAGAGGUCACCUGGGAAGACGCCUUCUUCGCCUUCGCCGCUCUUCUCCGCGACUAUGACUAUCUCAGCCAGGAGAUUCAUUCGCUCUGGGAGAAGUACGCCUGCGGCGCUAGCUCCCAACACAGCAUUUGA